GUCCACAAAUCUAUCUGGCAGCUCCUUUUCAUUAAAAUAUAAAUUGUUUUCCAAGAUAUGUAUAUGUUUUCAAUUUAAAUUAAAGAACUUCCGAAAAUCUUAAAUGGCAUUGGAAAAGUUAGAGAUAAAUAAAGCCAAUGCUUGCAAUAUAUCUAAUUUUCCACACUGCCAGUGCAUCCCGAACAGCUGAUAAAGCAUACACACAAGCGUCGAAAAACAAGGGAUGACAAAGCCGGAUGACAGGAUAUAAGGCAGAACUUGAUUCAGAACCCUAAACUGAAAAGAACCAUCAUGGAGGAACGUGCUGUGUUGGCCAACAUUGCAUCCAUAAUCACCAAGGAUCUGCUGAUAGACCAGCCGCCAGUGGACAUUAAAUCUGGUAGCUAUCCACUGUUGUCCUUCGACGAGGACGACGAUGAGGCAGAAAUAUUUGCUCUGAUGCAAAGGAAACGGGCGUUGACUUCCAAUCGAAAGCGCAGGAUGCCGCAGGGGCCGGAGGACCGUAAACAGGACAUCAAGCUGCCCAAACUGGAGUGGCACCACGCAGAACUGAAUCUACUUCACCGCUAUACGGACUCCCAGUUUGAGUCUUACCUUCACAUGCGCAAGCUCACAUUCCUGAAAAUUCAACAAACCCUAGAGGGAAUCCUGAGCGGGAUUACGCUACCCGGAUAUCCGACUCCGCCGGCGCAAACUAUGCUAUCCCUGGCCAUGUGGAAGCUGUCCACCGACGAGCACUUCGAAGAGAUCGCCCGGAAGUUCGGACUACCAUGGGCUCUUUGCCAACAGGUGGUGCGAGGAUUCUGGCAUUGCAUCUCCGACAACUACGAGAGCUUCAUCAAGUGGCCAAACUCGCUGGCCGCGCAGCGCAGCACUCUGCAGGGAUACCAGCAGCUGGUGGAACUUCGAUGCUUCCGGGAACUGUUCGGUAUCAUAACGCUGAGGCGGCUAGACGUCUUCCUCGAAUCGGAGCACGCCGAGGUCCCGGUGGUGCUACAGCUGAUCUGCAAUGCGGAGCGAAAAAUCGUUGACUGUUACGUAGAACUGGCCGUAGAAUACAGCUUCGAGGACUCGCCCAUCGGUCAGACUUUGGCCCUGAACCCAAGGACCAUGCCGGCGGGCAGCUAUCUCAUCGGGAAUGGGGUGUUUCCUCUCAAGUCCUACCUGAUGCGGCCCAUAGAGGCCGAGUGCUUCCGCAAGGAUGCGGUGUUUAACGAACUGCUGCGUCCCGCCUUCCAAUUGGCGGAAGAUGUCCUAGAUACACUGGCUCGACGUUUUAAUUCUCUCUACGCCUUGGAGGCACGUGAUUUAAACGAGGUGCGGCUGAUCGUGGAGAGCAUCUGUGCGAUGCACAACCUCUGCGAAGAGUACCAGGACGAAGGAUUGGAGAGCGCUGCUCACAGCAGCUUUAGCUGGGGCGGACUGGCGGAGGGCAUCAAGGGCAGCGAGAAGGACUCAAAGGGACUGCAGCGAAGGGUGGAGCUACUUGAUGAACUGGUGGCUACCGAGCCGGGAGAAUGAAUUUAUGGUAAAAAGAUUACAAAUUUAUUUAUUUGGGCUGAAGUAUUUAAAAAAUAUAAAUAUCUUAUUAUUUUACUUUACAAUAAUACGGUCAAAUUAAUAUGUAUAAACCAAUAA